AUGUCUUCCACACCUCCCGCCGACUACGGCAAGGAAGCCGUCACCGACGUCCGAUCUUCUCAGGAUGUCGAGGCUGGUGAGACCACUCAGACUGGUUCUCUCCAGAGAGAUCUCAAGAACCGCCACAUGCAGAUGAUUGCCAUCGGUGGCGCAAUUGGUGCUGGUCUUUUCGUCGGUUCUGGUGGUGCCCUUCAGAAGGGUGGUCCUGCCUCUCUCGUCAUCGGUUACAUGAUUAUCGGUGUCAUGCUUCUCUGCACCUGUUUGGCCCUCGCCGAGAUGGCCGUCCUCUACCCCAUCAACGGAGCCUUCUUCACCUACAUCUGCCGAUUCGUCGAUCCUUCCUGGGGCUUCAGUAUGGGUGUACAAUACGCUCUUGCCUGGUUAACUGUCCUUCCUUUCGAGCUGAUCGCUGCCUCCAUCACCAUCAAGUUCUGGAGAGAAGAUAUCAACAUGGCAGUGUGGGUUUCAGUCUUCCUGGUCGCCCUCAUCAUCGUACAGAUCUUCGGAGUCCGCGGCUACGGAGAAGUCGAAUUCGUCCUCAGUAUCAUCAAGAUCUGCGCCUGUGUUGGUUUCAUCAUCCUCGGUAUUGUCAUCAACUGCGGUGGUGCCGGCGACAAGGGAUACAUCGGCGCCAAGUACUGGCACGACCCCGGUGCUUUCACCACCUUCAAGGGUUUCUGCAGUGUUUUUGUCGUUGCCGCCUUCUCCUUCGGUGGUACUGAGAUGGUUGGUCUGGCCGCUGCCGAGUCUGCCAACCCUCGCAAGUCCAUCCCCAUGGCUUCCAAGCAGGUCUUCUGGCGAAUUGCCAUCUUCUACAUUCUGAACCUGUUCAUCGUCGGUCUCAUCCUUCCCGCCAACGACCCUCGUCUCAUGGGAGCCAGCGGUGCCAACACCAAGGCCUCUCCUUUCGUUCUUGCUAUCCAGGAUGCCGGUAUCAAGGUCCUCCCCAGCAUCAUGAACGCUGUCAUCACCAUCUCCGUCCUCAGUGUCGCCAACUCUUGCACUUUCGGCUCUACCCGAACCAUCCAGGCCAUGGCUGAGCGCAACAUGGCCCCCUCCUUCUUCAAGUACAUCGACUCCAAGGGCCGCCCCCUGUACUGUGUCCUCCUCCAGAUCGCCUUCGGUCUCCUGGCCUACAUUGGCGCUGCCCCCAGCGGUGGUGAGAUCUUCGGCUGGCUCCUGGCUCUUACUGGUCUCGGCUUCCUGUUCGUCUGGGGCAGCAUCUGCCUGGCCCACAUCCGCAUGCGCUCUGGUAUGCGUGCUCAGGGCUUCAACAUGGAUCUCAUCCCUUACAAGACCCCCUUCGGUGUCUUUGGCAGCUACUUCGGUCUUGGCCUCAACAUCCUCGCCCUGGUCGCCUCCUUCUACACUGCCCUCUACCCUGCUUCCGGCGCCUCCCCCAACGCCGAGGCCUUCUUCAGCUCCUACCUCGCCUUCUUCACCGUCGCCCUCUUCUACUUUGGCUACAAGAUCUUUACCCGCCAGUGGCGCAUGUACAUCCCCUCCUCCGAGAUGGAUCUGGCCACUGGUGCUGUCAUGCUUGACGAGCCUGAGCCUAAGGAGCCCCUUGUCUGGUCCCAGCUGCCCAAGAGGGCCCUCCGAAACCUGUUCUAA